UUACGUCAUGACGCAAGCGCUGUCUCGCAAAAAUUCAAACACAUUGAAAGUGAAACGAACCUCGUACCUUCAUUGCGCCUUUCCUGCUUUGAAUCGCAAUUGAAGUGGCGGACUGUGAAGCGGAGUCGUCUCUAUUUAGAGUUUGGCAAAAUGUCUGCCGCUGAGCCCAUCAUCAGGUCGAAACAAGCCGUGAAAGAAAUCAAUGGGGUUUCAACACAGUUCGUCUGUACAGAGUUCAGUAAUUACAUAUUUGUAGUUCUAACUCAGUACGGAAAAAUCGGCACUCUGAUAUCCAUCACUCCUGACUCCAGAAGUAGUGAUGUCAGCAUCCCAGCGUUCUCCACAAGGGUGUUACUGGGGAAAGAUGAGCCACUCACACACGUCUGCGCCAAGAAUCUCGCAACGUUCGUGUCCCAAGAAGCAGGAAACAGACCGGUGCUAUUAGGACUGGCCCUCAAAGAUUCUUCAAUAGACUCAAUCAAGGAAAUGAAAGAGGUCCUCAAAACCUGUAAAGUCUGGUAGUACUUCCACUUUAAACCAGAUGAUUCUUUACAUCACAGUACUGAAUGACACUUUUGUAUCUUAGCACUGUUUUAAUGCUGUAUCGUAAAAUAAAAAUGUGU